CUUCUUACGAUCGAUCUGCAAAUAAUUUGACUACUUGAAUCAAUCGAAUUCAAAGGUUGAUCCGUGAGAUUUCGUCAUCAUCGGCUCAACAAUGCAUCACUGGGUUCAAGCUUCUUCUUCCGAUUUCAGCGGAACUCCUCCAAAGCCGCGGAGUGGACAUACAGCUGUCAAUGUCGGAAAAUCCAUGGUUGUGGUGUUUGGUGGUCUCGUCGAUAAGAAAUUUCUCAACGACAUCAUUGUUUAUGACAUUGAGAACAAACUUUGGUUUGAGCCAGAAUGUACUGGCAGCGAGUCUGAAGGAAAAGUAGGUCCUACAUCGCGUGCCUUUCAUGUUGCUAUCACAAUUGAUUGCCAUAUGUUCAUCUUUGGUGGACGUUCUGGUGGCAAGAGGUUGGGCGACUUUUGGGUUCUAGAUACAGAUAUAUGGCAGUGGUCUGAGCUGACUAGCUUUGGCGACUUACCUACACCUCGUGAUUUUGCUGCUGCUGCUGCUAUUGGGAACCAAAAAAUUGUUUUGUGUGGCGGCUGGGAUGGGAAAAAGUGGUUGUCAGAUGUAUAUGUUAUGGAUACAAUGUCCCUUGAAUGGAUGGAGCUUUCUGUUUCGGGUUCAUUGCCACCUCCUAGAUGUGGCCAUACGGCCACCAUGGUUGAGAAACGGUUACUUGUUUUCGGUGGCCGAGGAGGUGGUGGCCCAAUCAUGGGUGAUUUGUGGGCUUUGAAGGGUCUGAUAGAUGAAGAGCGUGAAACACCUGGAUGGACCCAACUCAAGCUUCCUGGUCAGGCACCAUCAUCUCGAUGUGGUCAUACAGUUACAUCUGGAGGGCAUUACCUUCUCUUAUUUGGAGGACAUGGAACUGGUGGAUGGCUGAGUCGUUAUGAUGUCUAUUAUAAUGACACUAUAAUCUUGGACAGAGUAACCGCUCAGUGGAAGCGCUUACCAAUAAGCAAUGAGCCCCCUCCUCCUCGAGCUUACCAUACCAUGACUUCUAUUGGGGCUCGUCAUCUUUUAAUUGGUGGUUUUGAUGGAAAAUUGACCUUCGGUGAUCUCUGGUGGUUGGUGCCCGAAGAUGAUCCGAUAGCCAAGAGAUCUUCUUUACCUCAAGUUAAAAAUCCUCCUGAAAUCAAGGAUUCAGAGAGAGAAUUGGAUAAGGAAAGGGGACAAGAGGUAUCCAGUAUUGUUGAAUUGCAAAAGAAAAUGGGAAUAUCUGUUUCAUCAGAGCUGCGUCUUCAAAUUCCAGAGGAGUCAGAAGAUCAAGAAUUUGUUGAAUUAGGAUCAAGAUUAAUUGAGGGAGAUGUAGGUGAUGAUCGGGUCUCCACGAUUCAGAUGGCAGCUCAAGCACUUCGUCAGCAUUGGAAAGAGUCCACUCCGACAACUUUACAACUUAAAGAGCUUUGUUCCUUACUUCGAGAUUAUCAGCGACUAGUUACUCGAAAAUACACAGCACAGAGCAGCUUAACAUUUGCUAACUUUGGCCUCCCCGGAACGGAAACCUUUACGUUUUAUCAUAUCAAAAGUUCUUCCGAGUUGCGGAUUAAUGAUAUCCCCAAGUUGCUGGAAGAAUACAAAACCCUUCUAAUCUGAAUGAGCCACCUCACACUCACAAGGGAGCAAAACCAUCUCUAGGCAAACAGGUAUGUCGAAGGUAAAAUUCAUUAUCGCAAGGACCCAACAGUCUUGUUGAUCUCAUCCAGCUUCUUCACCCUUACUCUUUCACUUUCAGCCAGUAGCUGCCAAGAAGAUCACGGAGAUUACGAUCAGUAUCACAAGCAACCCACAAAGUUAUUAGUCUUAGAGAAUCAGAUCUAUGAUAGGUACAGUCGAUUUACCUCCAUUAAGAUUGAAACGAGGUGCGCUUUUUCUUUGUUCUUUUCGUCGAAAGCCUCCAGUACCUCUUUGUAUUCCUUCU